AUGUCGCGGCCACGAGCCGUCUCCGGCGCUGAUGCGCAUAAGGAGCCUCAUUCCAUCUCGCUGAAAGCUGACACGUCGGGCCACAGUCUUUCGCGACCCUCUCUCUCGCUACAACAUCCUCUCCCAGACUCCGAUGCACGUGUCUCGAAACUAGCGUCUCUCAGUUACCCUUCAGGUACCUCAGAUCCGCAGUUCAUACUCAGUCCGAAUCUCACCCUACCACCAGCAUUUGGGUCUGCAUAUGUUGGUGAGACAUUUGCAUGUUCACUAUCCGCCAACAAUGAAGCACUCAGCGGAAACUCCCGGGUUGUGACCUCCAUCAGAAUGCAGGCGGAUAUGCAAACGCCCUCACAGACGAUCCCGCUCGACCUACUCCCAGAAGAUGAAGAGCCUGGCAAGUCAGCAGGUACAUCCGCGGCCGCGUCAGUGCAGAAGAUAAUCCGCUUUGACCUUAAGGAGGAAGGCAACCAUGUGUUGGCAGUGAGCGUCAACUACACCGAGACAACGAUGGCCCCCAACAAAGAUGCACCAAACGGAUUUCAGGCUUCCGGGGGAAGGGUGCGAACGUUCAGGAAGCUCUAUCAGUUCGUUGCCCAGCCGUGCCUGAGUGUACGGACCAAGGCUACGGAACUGCCUCCGCGUGAAAUAGAGAACCGUUCACUUGGGCCAUAUGGGAAGACGCGACUACUUCGUUUUGCGUUGGAAGCACAACUUGAAAAUGUUGGAGAUGAGAUAAUUGUUCUAGGGGUCCCAACUCUUAAUUCCAAGCCUCCAUUUAAAUCGACAUCUUUGAAUUGGGAUGUCUAUGAGCAGGAUGGAGAGCAAAAGAAAGCGUCUCCAACGCUGGCACCAAGAGAUGUAAUACAGCUUGCAUUCCUGGUUGAGCAGGAAGAAGGACAACAGGAAGGUCUCGAAGUGACGCAAAAAGACAUCAGUAGAGAUGGUCGUACAGCCCUUGGUCAGCUGUCUAUACAGUGGCAGGGCGCGAUGGGGGAGAAAGGGUACUUGACGACAGGAAAUUUAAUGACAAAACGAAGGCCAUAA